AUUGGCUUUUAAACGGACAUAGAAGAGAUUAGAAGCUAGGAGGACAGCGUGCCGUCGAAAGAGUAGUAAAUACAAAGGAAUUCGUACAACAGACGUUUCGAACUUCUUGAGGUCGCGCGUGUGUGCGUGCCUGGGCCUGUGUUGUGCUGCGUGUGUGUUUGUGUGAGCGUGCGAGUAGUGCAAAAGAGACAAAACCGCAUCAGACGGAACGAGGUUUUGGUUUUGGGCAAGCAUUUUGGACGAAAGCAUAAACCCGGGCAGCAGAAAUGUCAUCGAUUGGUGACCAAUUGAUGGCCGAUUCGGCAUCCAGCAGCAGCUCGGAUGCCCCAUUGUGCAAAAAGCGAAGAGUUGAGGGAAAGGCUUCUGCCGAUGGUGCCGGGCGAGCAUCGAGCAGCGGCAACAACAACUACGAAAAUCACGACAAAGCAGCAGGCGCCGUUGACAUUUCAAACAAGAGCGAGACAACAACAGAGCAGCAGCUGGAAUUGUGUGUAUCGUCGUCUACCUCUGACACAUGUGCUGUGAAUACGAUGGCGAAGUGUGCAAACGAAACCGGCAGAGCCGACGACGUCAGUACAUCGUCAGCAGUUCAGAAAGAAAGUAGUGGCAGUCAGAAGGAGAGUAAGAAUUGUGUGGAAAACAACGACAUCGUAGCUUCCUCAGCAGCAGCAGCAGCCGCGGCCCGCACAGUCAGCUCCACCAACAACUCCAACGUCAGUUCCAGCAAUAACAGCAACAACACCACCCCCAGCAACAGUAACAGUAAUCGGCCUACAGCAGGAGGUAGUAUGGCUGCUAGCAACUCCAACGCCGCCGCCGCCGGUGGAGAUAUCGAUGAGUCUCUGUACUCGCGCCAGCUAUAUGUUCUUGGACACGAUGCAAUGCGCCGCAUGGCCAACUCCGAUAUACUCCUCUCCGGGCUUGGCGGCCUGGGUCUGGAGACGGCCAAGAAUGUGAUCUUGGGCGGUGUGAAAUCGAUCACCCUCCAUGACACAGCAACUUGUGGGCCCAAUGACUUGUCCUCGCAGUUCUACUUGUCGGAGGCGGACAUUGGCAAGAACCGUGCCGAGGCCUCGUGCGCACAGCUGGCGGAGCUGAAUAGCUAUGUGCGUACCGUGUCCCACACUGGACCCCUAACCGAGGAGUUUCUGCGGCAGUUCCGCGUUGUGGUGCUCACCAAUUCGGACACAGCCGAGCAGGAGAGAAUUGGCAAGUUUGCCCACGAGAAUGGCAUUGCCCUGAUCAUAGCCGACACCCGGGGCCUGUUCGCCAAGGUGUUCUGUGACUUUGGCGAGUCGUUCACCAUCUACGACCAGGAUGGCGCCCAGCCAGUGUCGACCAUGAUCGCCAGCAUCACACACGAUGCCCAGGGAGUGGUGACCUGCCUGGAUGAGACCCGUCACGGCUUCAACGACGGCGACUAUGUAACCUUCUCCGAGGUCCAGGGCAUGCAGCAGUUGAACGGCUGCCAACCGAUCAAGAUAACCGUCCUGGGACCCUACACCUUCAGCAUCGGCGACACCAGCAGCUAUGGAGAAUACAAGAGCGGAGGCGUGGCCACCCAGGUGAAGAUGCCCAAGUCGAUUAGCUUCAAGUCCCUGGAGCAGGCCAGCAAAGAGCCAGAGUUCCUGAUCUCGGACUUUGCCAAACUGGAAUCCCCAGCCACCCUGCACGUGGCCUUCAAUGCCCUCUCCGUCUACCAGAAGGUCAACGACGGCGCUCUGCCCCGUCCCUGGAACGAGGCGGAUGCCAACUGCUUCCUGCAGUUCUGUAAGGAGAUCAAGAGCGACGUGGACGAGAAGCUGGUGCUGCAGUUCGCCAAGAUCUGUGCGGGCAACACGUGCCCCAUGGAUGCGGCAGUUGGCGGGAUUGUGGCCCAGGAGGUGCUCAAGGCCUGCAGCGGCAAGUUCACGCCCAUCUAUCAGUGGCUCUACUACGAUGCAUUGGAAUGCCUGCCGGUUGCUGGCGUUACCGAGGCCGAUGCCCAGCCUCUGGGCUCCCGGUAUGAUGCACAGAUUGCCAUCUUUGGACGCAAGUUCCAGGAGCAGCUGGCCGACGCCAAGUGGUUCAUUGUCGGAGCCGGCGCCAUUGGCUGUGAGCUGCUGAAGAACUUUGGCAUGCUCGGCCUGGGCGUUGGCAAGGGACAGAUUUUCGUCACCGACAUGGAUCUCAUAGAGAAAUCGAAUCUGAAUCGCCAGUUCCUGUUCCGUCCGCAUGACGUGCAGAAGCCCAAAGCACUCACAGCCGCGGCGGCCAUUAAGCGUAUGAAUCCCGACGUGAAGGUCACUGCAUAUGAACUGCGCGUGGGCGCCGAGACGGAGAAGGUCUUCUCCGAGAGCUUCUUUGGAAAGUUGCACGGCGUGGCCAAUGCCCUGGACAAUGUGGAUGCCCGCAUUUACAUGGACCGCAAGUGCAUUUUCAAUCGCAUACCGCUGGUCGAGACUGGCACACUCGGCACCAUGGGCAAUGUCCAAGUGAUUGUGCCAUUUGCCACAGAGUCGUACAGCUCCUCGCAGGAUCCGCCCGAGAAGAGCAUACCCAUCUGCACGCUGAAGAACUUCCCGAAUGCCAUCGAGCAUACGCUCCAGUGGGCCCGCGACGCCUUCGAGGGCGUCUUCAAGCAGUCCGCCGAGAAUGCGGCCCAGUACAUUGCCGAUCCGCAGUUCACCGAGCGCAUCAUUAAGCUGCCCGGCAUUCAGCCCCUGGAGAUUCUCGACUCUAUCAAGAAAGCCCUCAUUGAUGACAAGCCCAAGAGCUUUGCGGAUUGCGUGGAGUGGGCCCGCCUCUACUGGGAGGACCAGUACGCGAAUCAGAUCAAACAGCUGCUCUUCAACUUCCCACCCGAUCAGGUCACCUCCAGUGGCCAGCCUUUCUGGUCCGGGCCCAAGCGCUGUCCCGAUCCCCUUGUCUUCGACGUAAACGAUUCGAUGCACUUGGAUUUCAUCUAUGCCGCAGCCAAUCUGCGUGCCGAGGUCUAUGGCUUGGAUCAAGUGCGCGAUCGCCAAGCCAUUGCUGAGCUGGUGAAGAAAGUUCACGUGCCAGUGUUCGUGCCACGCUCUGGUGUAAAGAUUGAGACCAAUGAGGCAGCCGCUGCCGCCUCGGCCAAUCACUAUGACGACAAUGAGGUCGAUCAGGAUCGUGUGGACAAGAUCAUAACGGAUCUGCUGAAGAAGGCCGAAAAGCAAUCGAAGAUCACACCGCUGGAGUUCGAGAAGGACGACGACAAUAACUUGCACAUGGACUUCAUUGUCGCCUGCUCGAAUCUGCGUGCCUCAAACUACAAAAUCCCACCGGCCGAUCGUCACAAGUCGAAACUGAUUGCCGGCAAGAUAAUACCGGCCAUUGCCACCACAACAUCGGUGCUGUCCGGCCUCGCUGUGCUCGAGGUGAUCAAACUGAUUGGCGGCCACUCCGAUUUGCCCAGCUUCAAGAAUGCAUUCGUUAAUUUGGCACUGCCAUUCAUGGCCUUUUCGGAGCCGCUGCCCGCCGCCAAGCUGUCGUACUACGGCAACGAGUGGACGCUGUGGGAUCGCUUCGAGGUCACCGGCGAGUUGACGCUGCAGGAGUUCCUCAACUACUUCGAGGAGAAGGAGAAACUCAAGAUCACCAUGCUGUCGCAGGGCGUCUCCAUGCUGUAUUCCUUCUUUAUGCCCAAGGCCAAGUGCUCGGAACGCCUGCCGCUGCCCAUGUCCGAGGUGGUGCGCCGUGUCUCCAAGCGCCGCAUCGAGUCCCACGAGCGCUCCCUGGUCUUUGAGAUCUGCUGCAACGAUGUCGAUGGCGAGGAUGUGGAGGUGCCCUAUGUCCGCUACACCCUGCCCUAAGAUGUUCCGGCCCUCAUAGUAGCUGUCGAACCACCCCACAUAUAAUUUUAAUUUAUAACGUAAAUUAUUUCUAUUAUUUACUCCCGUUAACGAGGCCUGGCGUCCCUAAACAAAAGCAAAGCAAAACAACAAGCAAUUCGUGUAGCCUAUGUGCAUUUUAAUGUUGGUUUUUUCACAAGCACACCAUCAAACGAAAAGAAGGAGGAAAACGGAGAGGAAUUACAAGAGCAAACCGGAGAAGAUCUAUAAAUUACCUAUAUAUAUAUAUAUAUAAAUAUUAUGUGCGUGUGCAUCCUCUAAGGAACGGCAAAAGAAUUCGCAAGCAUACGAUAAAUACAAAGACUCGACUUAAAGCAAAAAUACACACCACUUAAUGGGGAAAACUGAAGAAACUCUCUGCUCAGCAUAGUUAUAAAGAUGGAAAAACUGAAACUGAAACUGAACGAAAGAAGGAUUUUAUUUAAGAGUAUUGGCAUUUGGCAUCUGUACGAAACGGAAAUUGGGGGGAAAAAUGUAGCAAUGAGUGAAUUUCACUUAUACACAUUUUUCUCUCAUACAAAUCGAGAUAUAUAUAUUUUUUUUUGUAUAUGAACGUAACAACUAAUUAAAUUACAUCAUUGUAUUAGAAGAGGAGAAAAGUAAAAUGAAUAAAGCUGUAUAUUUCA